AUGCGCACUGCUUUCAUGACCUGCCACUUCCAGGUGACAGUGGUGGACUUCGCAUGGAUAGAGAGCUGUCUCAAGCACGGGUCUCGCCUUCCCGAAGCUAAGUUCUUGCUCCGCUCCUCACACAGUGCCUCACACAACGCCUCGCACGGCCCACAGUCACACCAAGGCGGAGCUGCAUGCGUUGCGGAUGCUGAUUUUCCUGCUGGCAGGGAGGUCAAGGGGGUUUCUGAGCGAAUCAGGAAUGGACACGUGGACGCUGCAGGUGACAGCGCGGGGAGAGAUGAGGGGGGUGCGAGGAGUGGUGGGGGGGAGUGGAUGGAUGAGGAAGGAAAUGGGGGAGCUUCGGGUUUGACCUUGGCUCGACAGUUGCAGGAGGGGAAGACAGGAGGGAAGGAGGAGGGGAGUGAUGAGGAGGAAGAAAAUGGGGCGGCGGUGGGUCGUGCUUUCGCCCAAGGUGGGCGGCAGGAUUCGGAGCUUUCUGAGGAGGAGAAGGCGUUUUGGAUGGAGGUGAUAUUUGAGAGUGCAGCUUGGGCGGCAGUUGUGGGGGAGGAGGAAGUGGGCGGGCGCGAGGGGGGGAGUGGGGGAGGGUAUGGGGGGAAGAGGGGAUGGGGGGGAGGAGGCAGAGGGGGUGGGAAAUGGGGAGGGGGAGGGGGGAAGCGGAGGUACGUGAGUGGUACAGACAGGUUUGGGGCGGAAUGGAAACGGUGGAAGGCGGGGGAAAAAGGGGAGAAGGGGGGAAAGAGAGGCAAGGGGGGAGGCGGAGAUGAGGAGAUUGAUGGGGUGGGGGGCAUGGGUCUGUCUGGGCGGGUGAUUCAGCUGGUGAGGGAGGGGGAGGAGGUGCUGGGUCACACCCAGGGGCUGUGCGUGGCGGGGGGGGAGAGAGAGGAUGAGAAAGAGGGUGGGAGGGAGGAGGUGGCGCAGGGGAGGAGGGAGGGUGCGAGGGAGGGUGAGGAGGUGCUGGGUCACACCCAGGGGCUGUGCGUGGCUGGCGGGGAGAGAGAGGAUGAGAAAGAGGGCAGGAGAGAGAAUGAGGCAGAGAGGGGGCGUGGGGAAGCAGUGCAGAGGGGGAGGGAAGGCCUGACGGAAGGGGAGUCAGGUGAAAACGCAGAGGAGGGCAGGUUAGGCAGGGAGGAACGAGAGGAGGGGAGAGGCAGAGAGGGAGGGGAGAGGGGAAGCAGGGAGGGAGACACACAGUGGUCUGAUAGCCAUGAGGGCACAUGCCUGGGCGACGAGUGGCGGUGGUUCAGCUAUUACAAGGCCCGCAGCGUGCUCGAGAAGCUGCCAAGCAAUCCACAUCCUCUCCAUUCCCUCUUCUUUUUCCCCAUCACCUCCCAUUCAGGCCUGGGCGACGAGUGGCGGUGGUUCAGCUACUACAAGGCUCUCACCCUGGGCGACGAGUGGCGGUGGUUCAGCUACUACAAGGCACUCAGUGUGCUUGAGAAGCUGCCCUUCCGCAUCCGGUCUGCUCAGCAGGUGCAGGGGCUGCCCAGCAUCGGGUCUUCACUUGAGGGCAAGAUUCAGGAGAUACUGUCCUACGGCAUGAUUAAGAAGCUACGGGCGUAUCAAGCAGACGACAUGGUUCGCACGCUUGCCCUCUUCGGCACGGUCUGGGGUGUGGGCCCCCGCACCGCCCGCAGAUUCUACUCCGCCGGACACCGCUCGCUGCGCCAGCUGGCGGCUGAUCCCGGCCUCACGCCAACUCAGCGAAUCGCGCUGCGGUUCCACGAGGAUAUGAACAAGCGGAUCCCGAGGGAUGAGGUGGCGGCGAUGGCAGCUCUGGUGGUGAAGGAUGGGGAGGCGCUUCAGCCAGGGAUCUCCAUUGUGUGUGGUGGGUCGUAUCGCCGGGGCAAGGCGACAUCAGGCGACAUGGACUUCAUUAUCACACACCCCGAUGGUGCCAGCCAUCGCGGCUUCUUGGAGAAACUGGUGUCUUGUCUGAAGCUCGUGGGCUUCCUAUCAGAGGACCUGAUGGUCGGCACGCACCACUCACAGCAGCCCCACGGUGAGGGCAAGGGCGUGGACACUUACUUUGGGCUGUGCAGGCAGGCGGGCAGGGAGCAACGGCACCGCAUAGACUUCAAGGUGUAUCCAUGGGAGCAGUACCCUUUCGGGCUCAUACAGUGGACUGGCAAUGAUGUUUUCAAUCGACGCAUGCGGCUGUUUGCAGAGGCCAAGGGGUACAGACUGGACGACCAUGGGCUCGUGCUGCGAGAUGCU